CUUGGCGCAACAUCAAUCCCCGUCAAUACAGCUCUAAUCUGUGGUUUGUAGCGGAGUGGAUAUUUUGCUAGCCUGAUCAUUUCUCCUGAACAGUGUCGGAUUUUGGCUAUUAUGGCUUCAUUGGGGGAACCUGUCCGACUGGAAAGAGGUAACACGUCAAACCACACAGAUUGCUUGAUCAAUAAUAAUAGUUAAACCGAUGAAAAUACACAUACUAGCCAAACAGAUGGCUAGCUAGUUAACAACUAGCUAAUCUGGAAUUUAAUUUAGUUAACUAACUGUUAGAUAACUAGCGCUAGUCAUUUAAUCUUCAAAUAACUAGCCCUCUCAAAACGGCGAAAGAAAAAUAGAUUAUGCCAAUAUCAUCGCUUUAGUUUUCUGAAAGACAGAUGGGCUGAGUUGCUAAUGUUGUAGCCAGCUAGCAAAUUUAGCUAAAAGAUAGCCAUCCUCAAAGGCGGGUAGGUACCUUGUAGCGCCUGGUAAUGUUAGCAGUUAGCACCCAAACAAAAGUACGUUAGCUAGCUAGGUUAGUUUGGAAAUGUUGCGUCCGAAAACCCGGACUAUGUUGCUUGCAGUCGUGAUGAUACAAGUUGUAAAGUUAUGUCCCUGUCCGUUGAUUUCUACCAUGUGUUUACAAGCGGUGUGAUCAAGAUUUGGUAAUGAUCAGCUAUGCCUGUAUCAUAAUACCCUGUGCAGUGACAUAUUUACUUCAUCAAUCUACAAAAUCAAAAACCAACAGACUCAAUUGCUCUUGUGCUGGAGUGUUAGAUCCUCUGCCUAAAGCAAGUAUUUCCCAAACCAAAGUCUCUAAAUCGAUGUGGUUAGUUAUUGGUAAGAUUUCUGACGUGGGUGGUCUCCAUGUUUUCUCCCCACAGACAUUUCUCGAGCCAUUGAAUUGCUUGACAAGCUCCAGAGGACGGGGGAAGUGCCACCCCAGAAACUGCAGGCACUGCAAAGGGUCUUGCAGAGCGAGUUCUGUAAUGCUGUGCGAGAGGUGAGCUGAGACUAUGCCAUUAAAUGCCCUUCAAAGUUCAACUCAAACCCUUCACACCCUUCAAAGUUCAACUCAAAUUAUGUGGCCAAAUCUGGACCUCAAGGCCAGAAGUACUGCUGAUUUUAAUUCCAAUCAGGGUGAGUGAUUCAGACCUGGGGCACCAGGUGAGUGAAAAAAACAGCAGUACUCUGGACCUCCAGGCUCUGAUUUGUGUACUCUUGUGAGAUGGGUCUGACACAGACAGGCCUAUAAAAAAAUGAAUUGUUUGAUUGCUGCCUAUAGGCUAGUUAUUUGACUUCUGAUGUAAGAUUUGUCAUUCCUUCAAUGUUAGUGUAUCACAAAGCAUUAUUUUCAAUGUUGUGAUUACAAAAUUAGCUAUCCAGUCUGAGGAUUAAUUAAUAGCUUGGAACCCUGGACAGCAAGAACUACCACGAUCUCAAUAUUUAACAUGUCAGACUUUUUGAAGGAAGUAAUUCAGCUUUGCAGUUUGCAUUUGACUAUCCUUCUUUCUGCCUUUUCUAAACAACUCCCUAGGUGUAUGAACAUGUGUAUGAGACAGUGGACAUAAACAGUAGCCCUGAAGUCAGGGCCAAUGCCACAGCCAAGGUAUGUCAAAACAACAACAACCAAUAUUAAACAAAAACUCUGUAGGCAACAAUCUGUUUCCGGGUUAACAACCUCUCCUCUCUUGCCCUGUAGGCCACAGUUGCAGCGUUUGCGGCCAGUGAGGGGCACUCACACCCUCGUGUGGUGGAGCUACCUAAGACUGAGGAAGGACUUGGCUUCAAUAUAAUGGGAGGGAAGGAACAGAACUCUCCUAUUUACAUCUCACGCAUCAUUCCUGGGGGAAUCGCCGACCGCCACGGGGGCCUCAAGAGAGGCGACCAGCUUCUUUCUGUCAAUGGGGUGGUACGUGUCAUUUAUGCAGUCUGGCUGUGUCCGAAUACCCGUAAUUGCGUUCUAAAUAGGCAUUUUGUGAAGGCGAAAAAUAAAGUUUUAUAGUAUGUGAAAUUUUGAAAAUUGAGUAUGCUUAAAAAAUUCCAGGAUGUCAUACUCAUUUUGGCUUUUUAUCUAGUAGAAUUCGCUGCACACUUGAGGAAAAUAAUCGUAUUUCGAGGCCCACAUGUCUGACAACAGCUGAUAAUCAGCUGAGGGGACAAGCUGUACCAAAAUGAACGAAUGUAGGGAAUCAACGCAAUUGCGCAUUAGAUGAUGUAGGAUGAGCCUAGUAUGCUGUUAUAUUUUUCUGACUGCAUUCGUUUUUACUAAACAGUACGUUCUUAAUAGUAUGUAGUACGAUUAAUACACAGUAUGCAGUUUAAGUAAAUAGUAGGUAAGCCAGAUUUCGGACACGGCCACUAUCAAUAUACAUUUAUCAUAUGCAGUCACAUAAUUUUGUUUGUUAUUGAAAUGAAUCCUCCUUUUAUCUAUCUCUCUUUCUUUCCACAGAGUGUGGAGGGGGAGCACCAUGAAAAAGCUGUGGAACUUCUCAAAGCUGCCCAGGGCACUGUGAAGCUGGUGGUCAGGUACACUCCUAAAGUCCUUGAGGAAAUGGAAUCCCGCUUUGAGAAGAUGAGGUCUGCAAAGCGCCGGCAACAGAACAGCUAUCCCCAGUAG